GAUGGAUGUGGGGCUCAAAUACCUGCACGGAAAUUUUGGGGUAAAUUUAGAAUAGGGAGCGAGCAUUCCUUUUAAAAUAAACUCGAAUUGAACGAUGUAGUGACGUCUGGUAAGCCCUGGCUGCGCCCGGCAGAUCGAAUUGAAAUUUAUAGAUCGUCAGGACACGUUUGUUUGUAACUGUCGGUACAGGACAACGGACACAUCGGAACGGUAUCGAAACGUCGCUGAUGACUGGACACGCUUUGCAUUUCGACGCGAAGUAGGGCGACGUUUCUCGCUGAUCACCGCAACUGAAUCCGCCACUCUGACACGGGUCUUGCCCUCUGGGGUCAGAGGUCAUUCUUUCGAGCAGCCGUGUCCUGAUAUUUAAAAUGUUUCAGGCGACCCAAGAGCGACUUUUGCCGAGACGAGGCUCCUAACUGCAGCAGCACGCAUCACUUUGUCGCCACGAGUGUUGUGUGUGUGUCGCGGGACGGUAUCAGUGUAGCGACGUUUUCAGAAAUGAGUUGACGCAAAGGACGCAGUUUCAUCUGUGACGGCGCGUGCGCCAACUUGGGAACCAAUCGGAUGUUGAAACAGCGCCAAGCAUGGGUAACGUCCUUUGCUGUUCCAGAGCCAGAAAUCGAACAAAGACGAACAGCGGCGCAGCGAAACCUGGCGCCGGGUUUCACCGCCACCUGCCGAACACCGGAGGACACGUGAUGUCUGAUUUCCCGGUAGAGAGCGCCGAGAACGGUGACAUGGCAGCGGUGAUUGAGAACUUCCAGAAGAAAAAUGCGGCGAUGCCCUCGCGACCCCAGGUCACAGGCGCAUCUGCGGCACAGAUGCUGCAAGCCAACAGCACGAGCUCCCGCGUCGCCAAAUCGUCGUGUUCCUCCUCGUCCUCCCAGAGGGUGCACCACGUCACGUCCUCCAGCGAGAUGAAGGCGUCGUCCAUGAAGUCUGACCUGUCCGAACUGAAGUCCAGCAUAUCAGAGAUGAAGACGUUGUCCGGUCCGAUGAACUUCAGUCGCCUGCGCAGUUCCAUGGAAGACCUGGAUCGCGUCGACGGUAGUGGUGUUGGGUGCGUCAGUGGCUGCACGAGUCCGGAGCCCCUGGUGACUUUCCCCGACCCCGAUACGCCGCCCCCACCUCCCCCGACGGCGGCGACGGGAUCCGUGAGUCUGACGAGUCCGAACCUGGUGGUGAGCAGCUUGCCCUCGGUGGUCGGCCACAACUCCAUGUCGACGUCCACCGCGGCCAGCUCCUCCUCCUCCUCGUCUUCGGAGACCGUGAAGUUCGAGCAGAAGCGCGUGACGUCGGCGUCGAAGACGAAGGUCGUCACAGACGGGUUCAGCUCGGAGCAGGCGAUCGCCAACUCGUCGGAGAUGAAGCGAGUGCACGCGGGGGAGGUGAGCUACCAGGAGAAGUCGUCGGCGGCUGCCGUCAGAGCCAGACUCGAGAUGGACGGCGUAUCGGCGGAGAAGGCCCUGGCACUCAAGCAGGAGCAGAGAUCACUGAAGGCAGGGGAGAUCACGCAGCAAGAGAGGCAGAACAUGUCGGCAUCUAGCAUGAAGCUCCAGACAGAAACAUUCACAGCUGAAAAAAAAGCGAUGGCAGCUCAGCAGCAGCGGCAGACCGUCACCUCAACCGGGAUAUUCAACCACGAGAAACACAUGGCAGCAUCCACUCAGUCCAACAUCACCAUCACAGCCAAGGGCAUGUGCACAAAGUCAUCCGUCGUUUCGGCAGCCUCGCAGUUGAGUCAGCUGAUGAAUGGGGCAAUGAAAUCAUCUGAGGACGAACUACUCAACCUGGGUUUUGAAGAUUUGGAACAGCUGUCGGCAAAUUCCAAUGCUCAAGAAGUGGAACGUGCCAUUCUCAAAUACACGACUUGCCUAGACUCAUUCAUAAAGAGCUUGAAACGCAGUGACGGCGGAUCUGAGCCUAAGCCGACCAAAGUGCCUCAAGUACUGAACCGCAUCAAUGAGAUGAUGCGCAAAGCCUGGGCAGUCCCUACGCAUGGCCACACGUUAGGUUACUCCUUAUGCAACGCCCUGCGUAAGUGCGGCGGACUCGAUCUCCUGAUGACAAACUGCCUCUACGAAGACGGGGAGCUCCAGUUCUCGAGUGCUCGGCUUUUGGAACAGUGUCUCACUACUGAGAAUCGUGCGCACGUCGUUGAACACGGGCUGGACACAGUCGUGAAGGUAGCAUGUGUUUGUUGUACAAAGAAUGCUAACUCGGUUGAUCACUCGCGCGCGGGCACUGGAAUACUAGAACAUCUCUUCAAGCACACCGAAGGGACGUGUAGUGAUGUGGUACGUUUAGGAGGUCUUGAUGCUGUGUUGUUUGAAUGCAGAAAGAAUGAUGUGGAGACUCUCCGCCACUGUGCGGGGGCUCUCGCCAAUCUGUCUCUGUACGGAGGUGCAGAGAACCAAGAGGCGAUGAUCAAGCGGAAGGUUCCGAUGUGGCUUUUCCCGCUGGCGUUCCACGACGAUGAUAACAUCAAGUAUUAUGCUUGUUUGGCCAUCGCCGUCCUGGUAGCAAACAAAGAGAUCGAGGCAGCCGUACUCAAGUCGGGGACAUUGGACCUGGUGGAGCCUUUCGUGACCUCCCACAAUCCGUCGGACUUCGCGAGGUCGAACUUGGCCCACGCUCAUGGACAGAGCAAAAACUGGCUGCAGAGACUUGUGCCAGUUCUGAGUUCCAAGAGAGAGGAAGCACGCAACCUCGCCGCAUUCCACUUCUGCAUGGAAGCGGGAAUCAAGAAACAGCAGGGAAAGACUGAGAUCUUUGGUGAAAUUGGAGCCAUAGAACCUCUGAAGAAGGUCGCCAGCUGCCCCAACGCCGUUGCCUCCAAGUACGCGGCUCAGGCGCUGCGGCUUAUCGGGGAAGAAGUGCCGCACAAGCUGAGCCAGCAGGUGCCACUCUGGUCCACUGAAGAUGUUAGAGAAUGGGUUAAACAGAUUGGAUUUGCUGAGUAUGCCAAUAACUUUGUGGACAGUCGCGUAGAUGGUGACCUCCUGCUACAGCUUACCGAGGAGAAUCUGAAAGACGACAUCGGUAUCACAAAUGGCAUUCGCCGAAGAAGGUUCACCAGAGAGUUGCAGAACUUGAAGAAGAUGGCUGAUUACAGCAGUCGUGACACUGGUAACCUGAACGCAUUCCUACAGGGCAUUGGUGCAGAAUUCUCCAUUUAUACAUACUCCAUGCUGAAUGCUGGGGUGGACAAGGACUCUAUUCGAAAUCUUUCUGAAGAUCAGUUGACGAAUGAAUGUGGCAUCUGCAAUAGCAUUCAUAGACUCAGGAUAUUAGACUCCAUAAAAAGUAAAUAUUUGGAGAAUGGCCUUUCAAACUCUUGUGAGGAGAGCUUGGAUAAAUCGUUAGACGUGUUUGUCAGCUAUAGGAGGUCAAACGGGUCGCAACUGGCAAGUUUGCUCAAAGUUCACUUGCACCUGAGGACAUUUUCUGUGUUCAUCGAUGUGGAAAGGCUGGAAGCCGGCAAGUUUGACAACAAUCUGCUGCAGAGCAUCAGACAGGCCCGACACUUCCUCCUCGUGCUCACGCCCAAUGCUUUAGAUCGUUGCAUCGGUGAUGUGGAGUGUAAAGACUGGGUUCACAGGGAAAUUGUGGCAGCCCUGCAAUCAAACUGCAACAUCAUUCCAAUCAUUGACAAUUUCCAGUGGCCAGAACCAGAGGAACUUCCUGAAGACAUGCGGGCAGUUUGUCACUUCAAUGGCGUCAGGUGGAUCCAUGACUAUCAGGAUGCGUGCGUGGACAAGCUGGAGCGAUUCAUGCGUGGUGAACUGAAUGUGCGUUCAGAUGGCCCAUUAGGGCGUGUAGCACUGAAUAAAGGUGAUGCCACACCGGGGACCCCGUCUGGGAAUACUUUGGGCCGUCAGCCACCCAAUUAUCAGCGCAUGCACAGCAAUGAGAGCGGAAAGGGUAGCGACAAGGAUGUCAAUGGCAACUCGGGAGGGGGGAGGGACUGACUAGAUGGCCCCGCCGCCUCAGCCAAACACUCCAGGCUACGAAAAUCUUCCAGUCCGUCCCGCCCGUGGCUAAUGGGAAGUACAGGCCACUGCCUACAUAGUUCUAGUCGACGUCCACCCACGAGCCCGCAGAGUCGGCUCCGUUCUUUGGCCCGGUGCCCUGCCAACCCCAGCCCGGCAGCUCGCACCCGUCGUAGCUCUGGGGUCCCUCCACCUCACUUGCCUGCUCAACAGCUCUCCACGAGGUCUCGUAGCCUCGACGGCCUGUUGGACGAAUCGACGCCGGAACCGCCGAG